GGAGGGGUCAAAGUCUACAUUCAUUGGACACGUCGACUUUCGGUUAACGCCAAGGUUUCGCAUUUCCAUAUUGCUUGGAGGGUUUCAGCUCAUAUUUCGGUCUCUUCAUUCAACGUUGCUAAAAGACAGUCCACGACAGUCGACAAUAAUUACUAGCGGCCAUGCCGGCUGCCUACCCACUCCCUUCUGACUUGUCUCCCGUCACCGUUGCCAACACCGCGUCCCUCCUCCGUAUCAUUGCACUUGCCCUCAUAUCAGGCGCUGCUAUUGCCUCUCGUCUAUUUGCUGUUAUCAAUUUCGAGAGUAUUAUCCAUGAAUUCGAUCCAUGGUUUAACUAUCGAGCAACAAAGGUUCUUGCCUCGCAAGGUUUCUAUGAAUUUUGGAAUUGGUUCGACCCAACGGCAUGCGGUGUAAUAUACAACUUACUCCAUGCACUCAAUCUCCCGGUCGAUAUUCGCAACAUUUGCGUCCUCUUAGCUCCAGGAUUUAGCGCCUUAACUGCUUGGGCCACGUAUAUGUUUACGAAAGAAAUGAAAGAUGAAAGUGCUGGUCUUCUUGCAGCUGCGUUCAUCGGCAUAGUACCGGGUUACAUCUCGCGUUCCGUCGCCGGCUCGUAUGAUAAUGAGGCUAUUGCUAUAUUCUUGCUUAUGUUUACCUUUUUCGCAUGGAUCAAGGCGCUCAAGCAGGGAAGCGCAUUUUGGGGCACUAUUGCUGCUGUAUUUUACUUCUACAUGGUGGCUGCAUGGGGCGGGUAUGCAUUCAUCACAAAUAUGAUUCCUCUGCAUGCGCUCGUCCUAAUGUUGAUGGGUCGUUUUACGGGUCGACUUUAUGUUGCGUAUUCGUCAUGGUAUGCGAUCGGCACCUUGUCCAGUAUGCAGGUCCCCUUCGUUGGCUUCCAGCCUGUUCGCACUAGCGAACACAUGGCUGCGCUUGGUGUAUUCGGCCUAUUGCAGAUCGUUGCUUUCGGGCAACUUGUUCGCGCACACGUGUCUUCAAAGCAGUUCCAGGAAUUACUCCUUGCUGCGGUCAUCUCUCUUGGCUUGAUCGGCUUCUUUGGAAUUGUUGGCCUUACUUAUAAGGGCUGGAUUGCCCCCUGGACUGGGCGAUUCUACUCCCUGUGGGACACCGGCUAUGCCAAGAAGUACAUCCCUAUCAUUGCUUCAGUAUCUGAGCACCAGCCUACCGCAUGGCCUUCGUUCUUCAUGGACUUGCAUUUCCUGAUUUUCCUUUUCCCUGCGGGCGUCGUGAUGUGUUUCCGUACACUGAGGGACGAGCACAUCUUCGUGAUCAUCUACGCAGUCGUUGCCAGCUACUUUGCAGGCGUGAUGGUGCGUCUGAUGCUUACCCUCACCCCGGUUGUCUGUGUGUCUGCCGCUGUAGCACUCUCCUCCCUCAUGGAUACGUAUCUGGACCCUACCGAACCCAGUGUUGAAGACGACAAGAGUGAGACCUCGACUACUCACUCCACUGGGACAGCAUCUGCCUCGAGACCCGCUACACCCGCUACCAGCAAGAAGACGAAAAAGAACAAGGAGAAAGAAAAGGAAGCUGCUGCAUCCGCAGGCGGUGUCUUAAGUGAACUUGUCUCCAACGUUACUUCCUCUGCUGCAGCUGCCAAAUCCGCCACUACUACCGAAAGGGGCGUCUUCGGUAUGGACACGCGCCUGGUUGUUCUUUUGAACUCGCUCGGAUUGCUUCUCUUCUUCGUCGUGCAUUGCACAUGGGUGACUUCGAACGCAUACUCCUCGCCAUCCGUCGUGUUGAGCUCGACAAGCUCCGAUGGAGGCAAGAACCUCAUUGAUGAUUUCAGGGAGGCGUACCACUGGCUGAGGCAGAACACGGCAGAGGAUGCAGUUGUCAUGAGUUGGUGGGACUAUGGCUACCAGAUCGCAGGAAUGGCGGAUCGCCCGACGUUGGUGGAUAACAAUACCUGGAACAAUACACACAUUGCGACAGUGGGCAAAGCCAUGUCAUCGCCCGAGGAUAUUGCCUACCCCAUCCUGCGCAAACACGAUGUCAGCUACGUGCUCAUCAUCUUCGGUGGGUUGAUCGGAUACAGCGGCGACGACAUCAACAAGUUCCUCUGGAUGGUACGCAUCGCGCAGGGUGUCUGGCCCGAUGAGAUCCAAGAGCCAAAUUACUUCAAUCGCGGAGAGUACCGUGUAGACAGCGAGGCAUCCCCGGCGAUGCGUGACAGUCUGAUGUACAAAAUGAGCUACUAUCGCUUUGCGGAGCUGUUUGGUGGUCAGCAGCCUAUGGAUCGUGUGCGAGGACAGCAUGUGCCUAUACAGGGCCCAACUUUGGACUACCUCGAGGAGGCAUAUACAUCAGAAAACUGGAUCGUCCGCAUUUAUGAAGUGAAGAAGGACGAUGUGCUCGGACGCGACUUGAAAAUCGCGAAUGCGUUCAAUCAGGGGAAGAAACGCAAGCGGACGAAACCUAUGUCGAGAAGGAAGGCUAUCGGUGCUUGAAGGAGGGAAUGAUACACAGCGAAUGAGAUGCAGAAAAGCUUCGAGGCCUCAGAACGGCGUGUCUGACAUAGAGAUCGUAUCUCUACGCCUUGUAGUAUUAUAGACCUUAUCUGGAGCUACAAUCUUCGUUCACCCUCUUUGUCGUCUCGUCGUACAUGUCCGACAAGCAUUGAUAACACAUGUAAUGAAAAUAGAACAAAAUAGACUACA